AAGAUGUUGACGGAUCUGUUCAGGCAGAUCGGCUUCAAGCUCAUCCUGCGCUAUGAAAACAAAACUAAACUAAGGGGGUAAGGGGGCGUAACUACUGUAUAACCACGGUUUUACCUCUUCCUCCCUACCUAUCCCUCCUUUCCCGUUACCCCACUUGGCGAUACGGAGCCAUAGCACCAUCUGCAUCAAUUGUCAAAUUCAAAGCAACAAUUUUUCUUAUUUUUUUACAAUGAAAAACUCUUUUCAGGAAACAUUGGACAUAAUAAAGGAACUCAAGCUGGAAGGGUUCGAGUGCGUAUUCUUCGUGGUUUCGUCGCAUGGGUACGGCCGGGACGGCAUGUGGGACACCGAGAUCCGCUGCACGGACGGCGGGUUGAUAUCUUCCCAUGAGGUCGUCGACCUUUUCAACAGUGAGAAUCGCCCAACGCUGGACGGUGUACCUAAGGUGUUCAUAUUUCAGGCGUGCCGUGGCAAGAAGUUGCCGCCGGAGCUGCAGGGGGUGAUAACGGACGUCUCGCAUUUCAACGAGGAGACCGAGGCACGUGACUCCGCCGGCCGCGGACGUAACUACUCCGAUAUACUCAUCGCUCACUCCACCCUGCCAGGUUUCGUCUCACCCCGCAACGAGGGUGACAACAAAGGCUCCUGGUACAAGCAAGCGCUGUGCUCCGUAUUCGCCGCGCACGCGCACGACCACCACGUGCUCGAGCUGUUCCAGCUGGUCGACGAGGCGCUCAAGCGACGUUGCCACGCCGCCACCACCACCGUCGAGAGCUGGGGCUUCAACAAGCAUCUUUACCUGCAUCCUGGCUUGGCUGAGGACGUCAAUGGAAACCCUAAACCUACGCAGUAGUUAAGUUCAAAAGACAGUUUUGCUCAAGCGACGUUGCCAAGCCGCCACCACCACCAUCGAGAGCUGGGGCUUCAACAAGCAUUUUUACUUGCAUCCUGGCUUGGCUGUGGACGUCAAUGGGAACCCUAAACCCAUUCAGUAGUUAAGUUCAAAAGACAGUUUUGCUCAAGCGACGUUGCCAAGCCGCCCCCACCACCAUCGAGAGCUGGGGCUUCAACAAGCAUUUUUACUUGCAUCCUGGCUUGGCUGCGGACGUCAAUGGGAACCCUAAACCCAUUCAGUAGUUAAGUUCAAAAGACAGUUUUGCUCAAGCGACGUUGCCAAGCCGCCACCACCACCAUCGAGAGCUGGGGCUUCAACAAGCAUUUUUACUUGCAUCCUGGCUUGGCUGCGGACGUCAAUGGGAACCCUAAACCCAUUCAGUAGUUAAGUUCAAAAGACAGUUUUGCUCAAGCGACGUUGCCAAGCCGCCACCACCACCAUCGAGAGCUGGGGCUUUAACAAGCAUCUUUACUUGCAUCCUGGCUUGGCUGCGGACGUCAAUGGGAACCCUAAACCCAUUCAGUAGUUAAGUUCAAAAGACGGUUUUGCUCAAGCGACGUUGCCACGCCGCUGCCACCACCGUCGAUAGUUUUUCUAUAAUGUUAGUUUGCAAAAUGAAACAAAUUUUAAAUUCAACUGGUUACCCAAUGACUGUUAUCAGAAAAACUCUUAACCAACGAAUAACUAUGUAAGUAGUGGAUCCUGAUAAGGGCAUUUAUUUGUGUGAUGAGCACGAAUAUUUGUUCCUGAGUCUUGGGUAUUUCCUAUAUUUUUUUAGUUAAAUAAAUAAAUAAAUAUUAUAGGACAAUAUUACACAAAUUGAUUAAGUCUCACAGUAAGCUCAAUAAGGCUUGUGUUGUGGGUACAGUCAAGGUAUUAAAUAUCGGCACGGACAACGUGCCAAAAAUAUGUAUAACUAACUAACUAACUAUCGUGGCGCAGUGAUCCAAAGAGGGUCUUGGCCUCCAAAACGAGAGAAUGCCACCUGUCCCGAUCCUGUGCCACUUCCUGCCAGUUGUCGGCUUUGAGUUGGCACAGAUCCGCCUGUACACUGUCGCUCCAGCGGUAUCUGGGCCGACCCACUGGACGGCGACCAGUCGGUUGUCCCAAAUAAGCUCUCUUAACACCUCGAUCCUCACCCAUCCUCAGUAAAUGGCCGAACCAGCGAAGUCUGUGGCAUUUCGUUUCGCCGAUGAUAUUGGGUUCGGCCACUAACUCCUCGAUUUCGGCAUUCUUACGGAUCCUCCAGGUGCCGUCAUCUCUUUUGAUAGGUCCCAGGAUCUUCCGUAACACCUUUCUUUCCGCUACCAGGAGCUGACUCUCUUCUUUCAGUGUUAGUGUCCAAGCUUCGCAGCCAUACAUAAGGAUUGGUCUUAUUAUAGUUUUAUAUACCCGUAACUUAGUAUUUCUGCUGAGAAGCUUGGACGCCAACACCUUAUGGAGGGCUGCGCUGCAUCGCAGGGCGUUUUGGAUGCGUAUAUUAAUCUCCUCCUCUCUGGUGUUUGUGUCGGUAAUCGUGCAUCCGAGGUACCGAAAUUUGUCAACUCCACGAUAAACGGUGCCUCCAACAUGAAGACUGUCACGCUUGACGCGUGUGUUUUUGUACCGUUUCAUGUGGAGGUAUUCGGAAAAUAUGUAUACACG